GCAUGGUUGGCUGAGAAAGUAAAAGGAUACGUUAAAUUUCGUUUACAUUUACACCCGCGCGUUAAAGUCUCUCGGCGCGUCAGUCUUUCCCCGCGCCUCCCGACGAAUGUGCCGCGCCGCUGUCGCACCCACACAUGCACCUCGUCGCCUCGUAUUUAUUUACUCUCUCGGAAUCGGAUUGCAUUAUCACUAUCUGUGAAAAUAAAUAACCACCAGCUUAUUGUAUUUUUGACGGUUUGUUCGAAUUUCGAUCGGAAAACUGUAUUAUCCAGACACCAUAAGUUAUUUAUCGAGAGAUCGAAUUUUUCCUGUAAAUCAAGACUGGGAUAGAUACACUCUAGAAAAUCAUCCUUAGGGUGCGGAACCCCACGAAAUGUUAUUUAAGAGAUAUUGAGGAUGCAUGGGCAAAAAUUCAGCUAGUCUUAUGCAUGAUUCAGUUAAUCAUGAUUUGAGUGCAAUGUUAACAGACUAAUAAUGCUGAUCUUUGGAUUCUCUUUUACCUAAAUAUGGAAUGUUCGAAAUGUCUUUAAUACGUUAUUCGAUACUCUUUUCUGUGUGAUUGCGAUUUGAAAGACCUGGUCUUAUAGAAAUCAUCAUGAUUUGCGUAGAUAAAUUUUGAAGUGCAUGAUCGAACUUUGUUAUUGUUCCGUAGAGCGCGCGUUUGAUUAUUGUCACGUGCGAAGAGCAUCUUGAGCUCAAGUGGUUUCGAGAGUUUUGUGCUUUAUUGGUCGUCUCAGAGGAAAUACAUCCAAGAGAAUUAUACCAUGGAAAGGCCAUCGAGUAAAAUGAUUCUUCAAGCACAGGUGUUGGUCCUGUUGACCUGCCUAAUGGCGUUAUCAGUGAGAAGUACAGAAGUUGGCGUUCCAGAGAGGUUCCUGAAGCCUCGAAAUUACAACCCGCAUCCGUACGAAGAUGCCAUUCUCAGGAACCAAAACUUGCAACUGCAGGCACUCCAGUUGCAACUACCACAGGCGGCGGCGCCGUAUGCGCUAUUCCACAGGAAGCCAGCAAAUGGUGACGUCACGACGCCUGUUCCUUAUCCGAUACCACCAGUAAUUCUCAAACAGAAGCCCGAGAAAUAUAAAUCAGAGGUGCCGUCAAAAUACUCCUCGGUCCCCAAGAACUACGCAUUCUCGUACGCUGUGAAGGACAAAAACUCCGGCGACGACUUCUCGCACUCCCAGGCGCACAACGGGCUGGCAACGAAGGGCGAGUACCGGGUGAAGCUGCCCGACGGGCGCGUCCAGAUCGUGAGCUACACGGCCGAUAACAACGGAUACCGCGCCGACGUCCGCUACGAGGGCGACCCCCUCUCCAGCGAGGCCCCCGAGAAGAAACCAACGAAAAAGCCCCAAUUCAACUUCGACAAGUUCCACGACCCGGACUUCGCCUUCUCCCCCAUCGCCUUCAAAGGCUUCAAGCCGUUCAAGUCCAUCUUCCUGCAGCCGACGACGACCCCACCGCCGGCGCCGCAAGCCCACCACACCCACGAGUCCCAGAUGCAGACCCUCAACAAAAUCCCCGAGUCCUCCGAGGAGUACCCGCAGGUGGACAACUACAGCCUCGACUACUACGAGAACAACUUCGGCACCCAGGCUCCGGACUACCAGAACUCGGUCGAAGAAGUCAACCACCAACCCGAGGUCCGCACCCCGGAGGACCCCUUCCGAAAUGGAUAUAGGUUCCCUUACCGCGGCUCUAUCCAUCCCAAAGUCCCCGAGGUCGCCACCAGGAAUGAAGUGAACCACCAGGUGCAGAAUGACAUCGCGGCUGAGGAACCGGCGUACCCGAACCCUGAACGCGUCACCCAGACGGUUCCCAUCGCGGUGUACCCUGUCUACUCGGUGACGCAACCGAAUUACGACUACGACAGGCAAGUGUACUCCGAGUAUCAGUCCAAAGAACAGCCACAAGAACAACACGAUGACCGACAACAUUUACACGAGCAGAGACUGCGCCAACAAGAGCAACAGCAGCUCCACGAACAGAGGCUCCGUCAGCAGGAACAACAGCAACUGCACGAACAGCAGCUGCGCCACGAGCAACAACAACUCACUGAGCAGCGGUUGCGCCAGGAGAAACAACAGCUCCACAAGCAGCAGAUACGUCAAGACCACCAGCAGCUCCACGAGCAACAGCUACGCCAAGAGCACGAGCAGCUGCAUGAGCAACAGUUACGCCAAGAACAACUGCACCAACAGCAGCUGCACCAACAGAUACACCAGCAGCAGCUCCAUCAACAGCACCACACAGAGGUGACAGCGCCGAAAGUUCCGCAGAAUAUCAAUGUUUAUUACCAACCGAAGUACGUGGUUCCAGUGGUGGAUCACGCUAGUCCCAAGCCGGGCUACAUCUCUACACCGGCUCAUUACGAUUACCAAACGACGCCUGCAGCCUCGUAUGAACAGAGCGCCUACACCACAGCGGCCCCGACUACCGUCUACAGGCAACUACCCUCCGAGCUGAGCUUUAGGAAAGUUUCGCCCGAUCUGAAACCGGUGCCUGAGGAGCGGGUUAAGAUUCAACCCAACUCCGAGCCGCAUGAAGACUCAGGGAGUCCUGACUACAUCGUACCACCGGCAGCGAAGCCUGCAAGCCAACCCGCGGACUACCAAGAAGCCAGUGGGAGUCAGGAGGUGUCGAUAGUCAAGUCCGUCUCAGCAUCGCUGGCUUCCGGUUUCACCGGAGGCGCUAAAAGAAGUUACCCUGUUGCAGUGAGUGAAAGAACUCUCCAAAAUACACCGGGAGCUCGCGACUAUCCAGCAGAGUCUUCAGGAGAAGAAGAAACGCCUAUUAAAAGGAGCUUCUCCGUCGUCACAGAGAAGAGUUCCCAAUCUGAGAGCAAAGGUUUCCUCUUGGAUAUACGAAGGAUCUCGAGUCCAACGCCUAAACCUCAAGAGCAGACUGAUAAAAAGUGAGACACUGAAAGAAUAAUUCAUGAGUCGUGGCUAAAACUAGGGUCCCUUCAUAUUGAGAGUCAAGACAAUAUGAAUCCAUUUCUGAUUGGUUCCCGUAUUUUAGGCCUCCACAGUGUCACAAACGGGAAUGAAGAUUACAUUUUCACCGAUUGCAAAGAUUAUAAUGUAGAAUGGACCGGGGAAUAACGGGUUUGGCAAGGAACAAACGGAAUGAGAGAAGGAACGAAGAAUGAAUAUGAGAACGAGCCAAUCAAAGCUUUAUUCCCGUUUGUGACUCCAUGAGGGGGUGUUGUCUUGACUCUCAGUAUAGUAUAAAGGGACUCUAGCUAAAACAGGACGAAACACUUUUACCGAUCAGGGGGCCAAUCUCUUCCCUCAUUUAGGAUCUCAGCAAAUGCACUGAGUUCAAUUUUGUAGGAGUCUGAUUUUCAAGUAUUUUACAGAAAAAGAUCCUCGGAUUCCUUUCCUGUCUGUAGGUAUCCCAUCGCUCUCAUGCCCUCCCCCUCUCAUGUUUGAGUGUAACCAUUUCUCUUCAGAAUGAUACGUCGCCUCACUGCCUAUAAUAAAUGGGUGCUCAUCAUGACGGUGUCUGAUUUUUGUUUACAUGUAAGGAAGUGGCUCCAAUACGUUUCCGAAGAAAUUUCAAAAGCGACUCUUAAAAGAAAUAUUCAUCCUUAAAAAUAUUCUUGUCUGCAUUUUUUACCCUUUAAUUUUAGAAUGGGAACUGAUAUAAAUACAUUUAAAUAAAUAUAGUGCCACAUAACUUACAAAGGGACUAAAAACAAGAGGCUGCUGAUGUAAAAACUUGUAAAACUUUUAUGAUUGCUGGGACGAGCUUUCACUCUUUAGGACACGUUGUGCGUGGGCACAGGCACAGUCAAUUCGUUCUACUUUAGACUGCUCUUCGUAUAUUAGUAUUAGGUAUUAGGCAUCAUUAAAUUAUACCAAGCGAAUAAACAGGCUUCCUUGUAUUGACAUCAUUACCAAUUAGCUGUUAUGAAAUGUGUACAGUUGUAAAAAGUUCUAAAAAAAAGUAAAGUUUUAAACGAAAAGUACCGCCGUUUGAUAACAUAUACUUGUAAUGACACCUAAAUGUGCGUGACUUAAAAUAAUUCUACUCAAUACUCUCUUCCAUUUAUUUUUAUACGACUUUAACAGAUAAAAAUACUUGUAAAUAAAACUAUUUUCUUUUUUA